GCGUGGCAGGUCUGGAAGACGCGGCAGGUGAAAACGUCAAAGUCUCAGCGGACUGUCAGAGGUGAUGCAAAUUUUAAAUGGCUAAGUAGACUAAUACAUGUACCGUCGAGACAAAACAGAGAUCCACUAGUCUACCAAAAGGAUGAUGAUGGAAAACAUUUUUGAGAAACUUUGAUAUCAUUUCAAUGCCAGCUGUGUGAGAUGAGUUAGCUAGACAACGAGAGGUGACUUGCAGCAUCUUCUCUACCCGGGACAUCAGUUGGUAGUAACAUAUUUAAUUGUCUAAUGUCGUAGCAUGAUUUGCUAAUAUUCCUUCUGAACAAACGAUUGUUAUCGGGCUGCGGAGAGGAUUAGGGAAAAGAAACAAUACGGUGACUUGAGUGCGCUAAAUUAAAGUAUAAAUAUAGCGUUGGGGAGGAUGCCGAAAUGUGGUUAUUCGACGCAAUGGAAUUAGAGUUGAAGAACACGUAAACGAAGCCAAGUACUAGUAAUCUUCCUUCUCCAAGGUUGCUGGAAAGUAUUCAACUGCAUCGUGUUGACCGCUGGGAUGUUGUGAGCGACCCGCUAUUUGGGACGGAUGGACUGAGUGCAAAGAAGGUAGAGAGAACGAAGGGGGAGAACGAGGAACAGUGGGAUUAUGGCUUUUGCAACGGUUACUCUUUGUGUAAUAGUGCUCGCCUUUACAAACUUGCACCUCACGAGAGCCAACGACCGACAUGCAGUCUAUUGGAACAGCUCAAAUUUACAUCUACGGAGGGAGGGCUACACGGUGCAGGUGGCGGUAAACGACUACCUGGAUAUCUACUGCCCGCACUACAACACUACCACCACCAAUCAGCGGGGGGCAUUGGAGCGCACCAUAGCCGAGCAGUACGUCCUCUACAUGGUCAGCUACCGAGGCUAUCGCACCUGUGAUCCACAGAUGGGCUUCAAGCGCUGGGAGUGCAACCGGCCCCACGCGCCCCAUGCGCCCAUCAAGUUCUCUGAGAAGUUCCAGCGCUACAGCGCAUUCUCCCUGGGCUACGAGUUCAACGUGGGCCACGAGUAUUACUACAUCUCCACGCCCACCCAUCACCACGGCCACAACUGCCUGAGACUGAGAGUCUACGUCUGCUGCUCCACGGUCUCCCAAACAGAUGACGAUUCCAGUCAGACACCUCCUGAUGACAAUGUCAGGCCCAAUAUCAAAAUACAUGACAUCGAUGAAUUUAACCCUGAAAUUCCCAAACUGGAGAAGAGCGUGAGCGGCAGCAGCCCAUCACGCGAUCGCCUUCUGCUCACCGUGGCAACCUUGCUCAUCUCCGCCCUCCUGGUCUCCUAGCGACUGUCUCAUCGAGUGACAUCCCAAGGAUACCUAGACCUCUUGGGCUGACGGACUCUGCAUCCACCAAUUUAAUUAGAAAGUGCAAGGGAGCAAAAGAAAGGACACAAUUCUAAAUCCAAAAGCCAGAUUUCAAGUAAAUUAGAAACGAGAACAAACACACAAAAAGAAAACAGGACUCUCGAUGGGACUCGCUUAAGAAAAGGCCUUCUCCGACGAUAACUCGCCACACCCACAAUCACCUUUGACGCGCACAGUUUGUCGUUGGUUCAUGCGUCUUCGGACAUAGACUUUGGUGCAUUACGUGGCACUGCAUUUCAUGACCUUGGUGUGUCAGCGUGAUGACAAAGAGCCUAAAUGGCAUUUGGUUAUAGACCGAAUACUGACAUGGUGCCUAGGUUGCCUCUGGCUACACACACGCACAGUUAAAGUAGGACAUGGGCAUUGGGAUUUCUAACGGAGUAUUGUUGCCUGUCCAUCUGCUAAGGAACUAACACCGUUGUCUUCAGAUGUUCCUGUCAUGGCUGAACUUUGAACCCUGCGUAGUGUGAUGGCCAUGGUUAGACUGACCAAAGGAUUGUGGGCCGUAGGCUUCCAAUAAGCUUUGUUGGAUGGGUUCCAGCUGGGCAGUUCCGUCGACGUGCUUGACUGUGGUGUACACUAGCCUCCAUUUUUCUCCACUUCGCCCUUCCUUUUCCCGGCCCUUGGUUCUACCGUCAUGGAUACGAAUUGGUCCCACACCGAAGGCACAGGCGUUUAUGGUGUUGACUGGAUCAUAGAAAUUAGUUGGCAGAAUCCCUAUGUGGCUUUUAUGUGCAGCUAUCGCUGACCUCCGGAUAUUAUCCUAUUGUGGCUUUGUGGUGUCCACAGCCUAAAUGUCAAUGACAAUAUAGCCAGUGCCCUCCAAGCACUGGUCCUAUAUCUGUUUUUUCAUGUCUGCCUUCAACCCCUAAUAACUGGAAAAUACAGACUGGACCUUUGCUUUGAAGGCAUAUCCAGAAGAACACCUCCUGGAUUUCUAGCCAUGACAUUUUUUUCUGGGAGUGAAAUGGCAAACUUUCACCCAUAUCCAUUCUAAUGGUUUCUACUAUCACAAAUUACAAUACUGAAGUGUAGACGUUAAGAAAUUCCCCAGAAAUCUUUUUUCCCAUUCCAGUUCCCGUCACUUUCAAAGGUUCCUAAAUUAGGGCUGGUCAUUAUUGCAAUGACAGUCACCGUGGUAACGAUCUGAUACAGUGGCCACUGUGAGGCAGGUGCCUGAGGAGACUGAUUAGUGUCACACGUUACUUUAGUCGCCAUUUUGUAAAACAUGCGUGAAUGUGCAAACAGACUUACAGCAGUCCACUGUUUCACUGUUUUAUACUAUAAUAAAGGAAAAAAAAUUGUAGAAUUGCAUUAUCAAUGACAAUGCUGUAUGGGUUAUACUGACACAUUGGUUUACAUUAUUUAUUGAUUUGCUUGUUUAUUUAUGUACAUUUCAAGUAUUUUUUUUAUUGAGCUAUUGUGCCAAAUAGUUUUUUUAUGUGUUUAUUUUUGCUGAAGCAAUUGCUUCUGUUAAGUACAUUAAAUGGACGCGUGCCGUGAUUUAAUCUGACAAACACAGAUGAAUAUGUGUUAAGGCAUUUGAGGAGAGAUGUAACUUUCUUCAGAUGUUGUCGAUACUGUAGUCCAGAUUACGUUCCAGAAGAGAAACACAUUUAACCAGAAAAUGUGGCAGCAGCACGGGGAAACAAAGAGGAGAGACAAUACCGAAUAGACGACUUCACUCCUUAAGCGCUGCACUUAGAAUUUCUUGACAUCAGAAAUCAGAGUGCAUUGUAGUGUAACUUUAUAUACAUGCUAGUAGGGACUGAAGUGUUUAUGUGUGUGUGUGGGUGGGUGUGUGCAUGUGCGAGCACGUGCGUGCGUGUGUCUGCUUGUCAGAAUGUAUGAAAGAGAAAAGGGAUAUGCGUGCACUUUCUGUGUACAUUCUGUGUGUGUAAAUUAGAAGUCUGUUUGUCCACGCUUUUGAGUUCGUGUGCAUUUUAGACUUUUCGUAUUCGUUGAGUGACUCAUUUGUAGGAUCUGAAUAUGCAAGCUAAUAGGAGAAUACCAGAGUGAGAGAAAGUAUGUGUGCUUCAGUAAUGUUAGUUUAUGUUAGGGGCUAGGGGUGGGGGGUACAAAAAAGCAUUUAUUAAUGUUGGAGACAACAAACAUUGUGUUUACCUUUGACAAGAAUGAAUUUAGAAAAAAAUGUUAAUUGAACCAAGAAUGACAACAA